AAAACUUUUGUAGACGAACCAAAAAAAAUCCCAAAAUCCGCCAUUUUCGUAUAUUUCAGUUUCUUCCGCCGGAGAAGAAAGAUUUCAAGAGAAUCAAACUAUCAGCAAAUCCCAUCUUCGAAUCCUUUACGCUCUUCGAGAUCCGUGUCUCUCCUCCUCCCCCUUGAAUCAGGAACCUUUGAUGAUACAAAAAGCUAUGUCAAGUUAUUAUUGUAAUCCAUCAGCAGCAAUAGUCUCUGUUGAUUCUUCAGAACAAAGGAUGAACUAUUCAUCAGAUUUGAACAUGAUUGCAAACCAAAGACGUUCCGUUACAGAUGGUCCCGUGGCUGUACUCUGGGACAUUGAGAAUUGUCCUGUUCCUAGCGAUGUGCGUCCUGAAGAUGUAGCUAGUAACAUAAGAAUGGCUAUUGAGUUGCAUCCUGUGAUAUCUGGUCCGGUUGUUACGUUCUCGGCUUACGGGGAUUUCAAUGGGUUCCCUCGUCGGGUUAGAGAAGGGUGUCAAAGAACUGGUGUGAAGCUUGUUGAUGUACCUAACGGGAGGAAAGAUGCGUCUGAUAAGGCGAUUCUUAUUGAUAUGUUCUUGUUUGUUCUUGAUAAUAAGCCGCCUUCGACUAUUGUUUUGAUAUCAGGAGAUGUUGAUUUUGCGCCUGCGCUUCAUAUAUUGGGUCAGCGUGGGUAUACUGUGAUUCUUGUUAUACCUUCUGGUGUUUAUGUGAAUUCUGCUUUGUCUAGUGGUGGUAGGUUUGUUUGGGACUGGCAUAGUAUUGUUCACGGUGAAGGUUUUGUUCCGGUGCCUAAACCUCGUGUUGUGCCGUAUCUGAUGGGAUGUAAUGUUAAUGAUAAUAGUCAUUUGGAUGGUAUGAAUGAAGAUGAAACGAUUCUUUAUAGAGGUAGCUGUUGUAGUAAUGCUAGAGAAUCCUCUGUCAUGGUCUCGCAGUUUCAGAAUGAGUGUAGUGGUAGUGUGAUGUCGUGUUGGCCAUCAAAUUUGAGGGAAAGUCUUGUUUGUCCUCCUCCUGGUCAACUUGAGUCCACCAUGUGGGUAGCUCCGGGAGAUUUAAACGGUUUGAAGGGACAACUUGUGAAGCUGCUAGAGCUUUCAGGUGGGUGUAUUCCUCUCAUGCGUAUUCCUUCUGAGUACCAAAGAAAUUUCAGCAAACCGUUGUUUGUAUCGGACUAUGGUGUGGCUAAGCUUGUGGAUCUGUUCAAAAAGAUGGGUGAUGUGAUUACAGUGGAUGGUAAAGGCAACAAGAGAAUUGUUUAUCUGCGCAACUCCAAACCGAAUGUAAUCUCUCCCUCUUCCCCUGUAGUUCUACUUAGAAGAGAGAAGAAAGGAAAAGAGCCUAAUGAGGAAAUGACCUAUAGAGGAGUCUCCUCUGAUGACUUGUCAGAUACGGGCUCGGUUCACAGCGAGAGGAAUCUGGAAGAGUUCAAAGUCGAGCUUCAAGACAUUUUGGUGAGCUAUUGUUGUCGUGUACAGCUGGAUUGUUUUGAGGCGAUAUACAAGCUAAGGUACAAGAGGCCAUUAGACUAUAAAAAGAUGGGCGUGAAUCACUUGGAGCAGCUCUUUGACAAGGUCAAGGAUGUUGUUGCCAUCUAUGAAGAUCCUGCUACAGGGAGCAAACUCAUCGGGGCGUUUUAGAGGAUCCCAUAUAAAAUCAGACAAUGCGUCUUAUGAGCCGCUUCCAUUCGUUCUCUAUCGUUGAGUACUUGGGUAUAAGCAAUGUAAGCUCCUUGCCUAGAAGCUCUCAGUAUGAUUAAUAUGCUCUCUACUCUUUCCUCAGGGCAAAAUGUUUACACAGAAGCGUUGUUGAUUCUGCAUUGCAAAGCAUGUCACUUCUGAUACUUUCGAUAAAUUGGAAAGCAAGAAUUCAGUAUGCGGUAACGAGUCAGAUUGUGCGUUUUGUGAGCCGUUUUCGAAGCGCUCUCUCGAUGGGAAUAAGCCAAUAUUGUUGUAUAAGCUCUCUUCCCUUUCAUUAGGAUAAAAUGUUUUACGGAACCUUUGAUUCUGCAUUGUAAGCAUUUCAGUACUGUUUUAUGUCUUGAGAAUUUGGAAACGACGAACUUAGUAAGAUGUAAAAGGCAUGUCAAUGUUAUCUCUCAACCAUAAGUUUAUAAACAGUUAGAGAGGAUUCAUGUUAAUAUGGGAACUAUUCCCAAGUUACUAGAUACAAGGAGGCUACAUGCGUCAUGUUUGAUUUAUUCCUUUCGUUGUUUGAACUUUUGUAAGAGCUCUAUAUAAACACUUUUGAGGUUUCUACA